AUGUCUGAGGGAAAUUCCGCCGCUAAAAAGAAGCCGGCUGCGCCCAAAAAGCCAGCCGAUCAUCCACCUUAUGCAGAGAUGAUCAAAGCUGCUAUUUUGGCGUUGAAAGAGCGAAAUGGCUCUUCCCGCCAAGCCAUAGAGAAGUACAUCACAGCCAACUACAAGGUUGUUGAGGAAAUGGCGCACUUAAAGAUGGCUUUGAAGAGGGGCACCGCUAGUGGAAAGUUUGUCCACACCAAGGGAGUCGGUGCUUCUGGUUCCUUCAAAGUGCCCAAGGAGGAAAAGAAGGAGAAGAAGCCAAAGAAAAAGCCAGCUGCAAAGAAGAAACCUGCUGCCAAACCAAAGAAGCCAGCCGCUAAAAAAGCAGCAAAGAAACCAGCGACCAAGAAGGCAGCGAAGAAACCUGCCGCUAGAAAACCAGCCGCGAAGAAACCUGCAGCUAAAAAGCCCGCAGCGAAGAAACCCGCAGCUAAAAAACCAGCGAAGAAGCCGGCAGCCAAGAAAACAGCAAAGAAGCCCGCUACUAAAAAGCCCGCCAAGAAAGCGAAAUCACCGAAGAAGGCCACCAAGAAAUAAAAGAGGAGAUCAACUCUCCACUUAAUUAAACGGCUCCUUUAGGAGCCACCACAUUUAACCAAAAGUUUUUACCAACUGAGUAUUUACGCCAUUUUCGAUAAUUAUAAUGGCCUUCACCAUUCCGAUAGUGCCCUUCACUAUAGUUUGUUUUCGCCUUCUCACCGAUCAAACUGGGGUUUAUGGAGAAAAAUUCGCUAAAA